GGGGCGGGGCCUGGCGUGAGGGCGGCGGAGGCGGCGGCGGCGGGGCCUGCUCGGCCCGAGCGGCCGGCGGGGAACCGGCACCGGGCUCUGGGGCUCCGAGUGCCCCACGGAGGUGAUCGUGGCCUCACUUCACCCCACCUCGUGCUGCGGACGCUGCUCACUUCAACCACAGCGCUGUACUUGGCCUGUAUUGUCAACAACAGUGAAACUUCUCAGGGUGUGGCCAAGGAGGGAAGAAGGAACCCAGAGAAGGUUUUCAGGAACUCUCUGAGAGGGAGCCACAGAGGGCAGCAGGAGGAGAACCCGGAGCGGGGCUGUAUCUCCCUCCCACAGGCAGCUCUGUGGCCUCUCACCUCCACACCCCGUUGAUGCAGCCACACAAAGCCGCGGUUGGAGCCACCGGGGCCCAGCAGGAGCCCAGCCUGUCCCUGCCCAGCUCUGGCUGAGCUGGAGCAGGCUGGCCGUGUGGGUGUGCAGGCAGCCAGCUGGAGAGGGGACAGCACCCCGAGGACAGCCAUGGAGAAGAUGGCCAGGGUCACCACUGCCCUGGGGGGCAACGCGCUGACCGGCCGCACCAUGUUCUGCCACCUGGACGCCCCUGCCAACGCCAUCAGCGUGUGCCGGGACGCCGCCCAGGUGGUGGUGGCCGGCCGCAACAUCUUCAAGAUCUACUCCAUCGAGGAGGAGCAGUUUGUGGAGAAGCUGAACCUCCGCGUGGGCCGCAAACCCUCCCUGAACUUCAGCUGUGCCGACGUGGUGUGGCACCAGAUGGACGAGAACCUGCUGGCCACCGCCGCCACCAACGGCGUGGUGGUCACCUGGAACCUGGGCAAGCCAUCCCGCAACAAGCAGGACCAGCUGUUCACGGAGCACAAGCGCACUGUCAACAAGGUGUGCUUCCACCCCACCGAGGUGUACAUGCUGCUCAGCGGCUCCCAGGACGGCUACAUGAAGUGCUUUGACCUGCGCAAGAAGGACUCCGUCAGCACCUUCUCUGGGCAGUCGGAGAGCGUGCGUGAUGUCCAGUUCAGCAUCCGGGACUAUUUCACCUUCGCCGCCACCUUCGAGAACGGCAACGUGCAGCUGUGGGACAUCCGCCGGCCCGACCGCUACGAGAGGAUGUUCACAGCCCACAACGGGCCCGUCUUCUGCUGCGACUGGCACCCAGAGGACAGGGGCUGGCUGGCCACAGGCGGCCGCGACAAGAUGGUGAAGGUGUGGGACAUGAACACGACGCGGGCCAAGGAGAUCUACUGCGUGCAGACCAUCGCCUCGGUGGCGCGGGUGAAGUGGCGCCCCGAGUGCAAGCACCACAUCGCCACCUGCUCCAUGAUGGUGGACCACAACAUCUACGUGUGGGACGUGCGCCGCCCCUUCAUCCCCUCCGCCAUGUUCGAGGAGCACAAGGACGUCACCACGGGCAUCGUGUGGCGGCACCUCCACGACCCCUAUUUCCUCCUCUCGGGCUCCAAAGACAGCACCCUUUACCAGCACAUCUUCAAGGACGCCAGCCAGCCCAUCGACCGGGCCAACCCCGAGGGGCUGUGCUACAGCCUCUACGGAGACCUGGCCUUCGCCGCCAAGGAGAGCCUCAUCUCCUCCGACUCCAACCGCAAGCCCUACAUCGGCGACCGCCGCCACCCCAUCUUCUUCAAGCGCAAGCUGGACCCCACGGAGCAGUUCGAGUACAUCUCGUCCUCCAGCGCCCUCAGCGUGUUCGAGACGGACGUGGAGAGCGGCAGCAUGGACUGGUUCGUGCACACGGCCAAGCAGUACGCGCUGGCCGGCCGGCCGCUGGCCGAGCUCUGCGACCACAACGCCAAGGUGGCCAAGGGGCUGGACCGCAACCAGGUGGCUCAGACCUGGACGAUGCUGAGGAUUAUCUACUCCAGCCUCGGCACCGUGUCGUCCACAAACCUCAACCACAGCAUGGGGAAAGGCAGCGCUGCCCUCCCACUCAUGAACAGCUUUAACCUGAAAGAUAUCCCUGCUGGGCUGGGCAGCGAGUCCAGACUGGACCGCAGCAAAGGAGAAAGCCGCACGGAAAACAUCCUCAUGGAUUCCUCCUCCACCCUGAUCAACAACGAGGACAACGAGGAGACGGAGGGCAGCGACGUCCCUGCGGAUUAUCUGCUGGGAGAUGUGGAGGCAGAUGAGGAUGACCUGUACAUGAUGGACCACGAGAACCCACACGCUGAAGAGCAGGAAUACAGCCUUCCCCAGGAAGCCUUCCCGCUGCGCCACGAAAUCGUGGACAACCCAUCGGCCUUGGACCACCUGCAGGACAAGGCCGAUUCCCCUCACGUCAGCGGCAACGAGGCCGAGACGGUGUCGCUGACCCCCGUGGAGUCCUUCUCGCUGAUCUCCAUCUCCCACUCCCUCUACGAGAACCGCCUGCCCUCCGACUUCUUCAACCCCAUCGUGCGGGACACGCUGCUCUUCUACGCCGAGCAGGGCGACGUGCAGACGGCCGUGUCCGUGCUCAUCGUGCUGGGAGAGCGCAUCCGCAAGGAGAUCGAUGAGCAGACGCAGGAGCACUGGUACACGUCCUACAUCGACCUGCUGCAGCGCUUCCAGCUCUGGAACAUCUCCAACGAGGUGAUCAAGCUGAGCACCUGCCGUGCCAUCAACUGCCUCAACCAGGCUUCCACCACCCUGCACGUCAACUGCAGCAACUGCAAGCGGCCCAUGAGCAACAGGGGCUGGAUCUGCGACAGGUGUCGGCAGUGUGCCAGCAUGUGUGCCGUGUGUCACCACGUGGUGAAGGGGCUCUUCGUCUGGUGCCAGGGCUGCAGCCACGGCGGCCACCUGCAGCACAUUAUGAAGUGGCUGGAGACCAGCUCCCACUGCCCCGCUGGCUGCGGCCACCUCUGCGAGUACACCUGAGCCCCCCAGGGUGCACCUGAGCCCCCCAGGGUACACCUGAGCCCCCCAGGGUGCACCUGAGCCCCCCCAGGGUACACCUGAGCUCCCAAGGGUACACCUGAGCUCCCAAGGGUGCACCUGAGCCCCCCCCAGGGUACACCUGAGCCCCCCCAGGGUACACCUGAGCCCCCCAGGGUACACCUGAGUCCCCAAGGGUGCACCUGAGCUCCCAAGGGUACACCUGAGCCCCCCCAGGGUACACCUGAGCUCCCCAGGGUGCACCUGAGCCCCCCAGGGUACACCUGAGCCCCCCGCCCGCGGGGAGCUGGCAGCGGGGUGGGGCAGGGGCAGAGCAGGGCAGGCAGCGUGCCCUGCCCGAUACCCCUGGCACUGCCCUCCCUGUAUUUAUUUGUGUAAAUAAGGGCUGGGGUGCACCCCCUGCCCGGCCGUUUUUUACUGGAUUAAAUCAAACCAGCAGUUGAAUCGA